CGAACGACGUAGGUGACCUGAAGAGACGGGGCUUGUUUGACGCUGACUGGCGGUUCGGAAGAGAAAUCGGGUUCGGCGAGUAAGGGGGCGGAACGGCCAACCCGCCACCUGCUUGUCCCCCACCUCGGGGAAAGUUUUCCCACCAGCGCUUUGCCUGUGUUGGGUGGGACUCGCCACAGGCUCCUCAUUGGGACAUCCCUCCGCUUCGGUAUAAAAGCAGCUCUCGGGGAUCUGCCGGUGGCGGGAGAGGAGUGCUUGAGACGAGAAGCAGAGCCGAGCACGUCCGACAGCCCCGGAGAAGAAGAUGGAAGCCACGCUGGGCUACUGGAAGAUCCGAGGGUUGGCUCAUCCCAUUAGACUGCUCUUAGAGUAUACCAAGACCCCCUAUAAAGAGAAACACUAUGGUCUCGAUGAAAAAGUGCAAAACAAUGAAUUGGAAUCAGAAAAUACUCCAAAGCAAAUUGGAAUACUUGGCAUUGUUCCAGAGCUGCUGGGAUAUCCAGGAAUUCUAUGUGCUGGAUGGAAAAGUCAGUGCUGCACGCCCCAAAAAGUUCCUAAUAUGGGUAUAACUGAAUGGACGUAUGAGAAGGAGAAGCUGGGCUUGGACUUCCCAAAUCUCCCCUAUCUUAUUGAUGGUGACAUAAAGAUUUCCCAAAGCAACGCCAUCCUGAGAUACAUUGCACGCAAGCACAACAUGUGUGGUGAGACUGAAGAAGAAACGAUCAGGAUGGACAUACUUGAGAACCACCUAAUGGAUUUCCGUAUGAGCUUUGCAAAAUUAUGUUACAGCCCAGAUUUUGAAAAACUAAAGCCUGACUAUUUGGAAUUACUACCUGGGAAACUCAAGCUGUUCUCUCAAUUUCUGGGGGACAGGCAGUGGUUUGCAGGAAGAAAGCUCACCUACAUAGAUUUCAUUGCUUACGAUGCGCUAGAUGUACAUCAAAUGCUGGACCCAAAAUGCUUGGAUCAGUUCCCAAAUCUGAAGGAGUUCCUUCAUCGCUUUGAGACCUUGGAGAUGAUUGCUCCCUACCUGAAAUCAAGUCGCUGCAUCAGAAGUCCCAUCUUUUGGAGUUGUGCCAUGUGGGGCGGCAACAAAAUCUAGAAGAGACCACAUAUUUCAGGAGGGUAACAACUGGAACUGCUAUAUGAAUGAGGGAUCUUCAUUAGUCCUCCAUAUUUCCAAGCUUGAUUAUGAUUUUAAGACACGUGUUCACCUAAUGAAGAAUAUAAGAGACUGAAAAAAAGUCUGUUUCUUAAUCCCUCCCUGGUCUGUUUUCCCCACUUUAAAUUUGGGCUCCAAUGUUGCAGCGAAGGAGGUUGGUUUUUAUAACAUGAAUAGAAAAGUUCCUAAAUAAAUUGUGCUUAGGUAACCAACUAUGUUACUCC